AUGUCAGCCAUUACCAGCAUCUUGAUAGCAUCUUUCCUUCUUGUUUGCAUUCUCCACCAAGGAAAUGCUCAUACAAUAACAGAAGAUUUUACACCUCCAUGCAGCAUAAACAACAUCACUGUAGUUCAAAAACAAACUAGUCAAAUAAUUCAGGGGAAUCCUCAAUACCAAGUUACAGUGGCCAAUGACUGCAUUUGCACACAAUCUGCAGUAUUGGUGUACUGUACCGGUUUUAACAGUUUUGACCAAGUUGAUCCUAAGGUUUUCCGAUCGAACGGGGACGGAGAAUGCAUUGUCAACGACGGACAGCCAGUGAUUUCAGGCUCACCAACAUCGUUCACUUACGCGCAGACUCCUGCUGCUGAUCUCACUGCUGCUAGCUCUAUUGUUAGCUGUUCUUGA